UUCCCGACAAAUUGGACACCCUGUUAUCGAUAACAGCCCAAGUUUCCAAGUGCAAAAAGAAAAUAUAUAAUUUAAUCAAAACAAAAGCGCAAAUUAGGAGCCAUGGCCCACGACCGCGAGGUGUUGCGAAUGAUCUGGGAGGGCCAGAUAGGCAUAUGCUUCCAGGCGGACAGGGACGAGAUCGUGGGCAUAAAGCCGGAGCCCUUCUAUCUGAUGAUUUCGCGACUGAGCUACUUGCCUUUGGUCACCGAUAAGGUUCGCAAGUACUUCUCGAGGUAUAUAAGCGCCGAGCAUCAGGACGGAGCCGUGUGGUUCGAUUUCAAUGGAACACCCCUGCGCCUUCACUAUCCAAUUGGUGUCUUGUAUGAUCUGCUGCAUCCGGAGGAGGACGGCACGCCCUGGAGCCUCACCAUACACUUCUCCAAGUUCCCCGAGGAAGCGCUUGUCAAGCUCAACUCCAAGGAGCUCCUGGAAUCGCACUACAUGUCCUGCCUGAAGGAGGCGGAUGUGCUGAAGCACCGCGGUCUGGUCAUAUCCGCCAUGCAGAAGAAGGACCACAAUCAACUCUGGCUGGGCCUGGUCAACGACAAGUUCGAUCAGUUCUGGGCGGUCAAUCGGAGGCUGAUGGAACCGUAUGGCGAACAGGAGUCCUUCAAAAACAUUCCCCUGCGAAUCUACACGGACGAUGACUUCACGUACACCCAGAAACUGAUUUCGCCGAUCGGCGAGGGCGGACAAAAGAAGAGUCUGGCCGACCUGAUGGCCGAAUUAUCGACACCUGUGCGCAAAGCGGUUGGAUGUCGCACCCACGGCAUCGAUCUUCACGAGGAGACCCAACUGCAAUGGAUGUCCGAGCACCUGAGCUAUCCCGACAACUUUCUGCAUUUAUCGGUGGACUACAAGGAUGUCUAGCCCCCUGUCUAUAUGUAUAUAUCCAUACCUAUAUUUUCGAUGUUUUGCCCAGUCCGCGUGUGUGUGUCUGUUUGUAUUUGUUUCCAUGUGUGUUUGUGAAUAUAUGUGUGUGUGUGCUGUUCUAUUUUUCGAUUCCAGCAAAUCCCAGGGCGAUCCUCAGCGAUCGAUUUACAGUCAAACAUAUAUAUAUAUAUACGCCUACAUGUAUAUAUAGAAAUAUACGUCUCUAGUUAAGCUAAACUGUAUGUAAUAUUUAUGAUAUAUGCCAGCAUUUAAAAGAAGCGAGCAGCGCAAACCAAACGAUUACUGGAACUACCCACUAACUAAAACAUAUACUAUAACUUUA